AUAAAAAACAAGAGAAAAGGAAAACUUGGGGCACAAUAAAACUCCUAACGAAGUAUAAUAAAAUCAAGAUCAUCAUCAUCACUUGCUCUCGAUUCAGCUCACAAGUUUUUGAUUUUCACUUCAAUCCGACAUUUGAUUCUUCACGUUCUCCUUAAGAUGUCGAGAAGGUACGACAGCCGAACAACGAUCUUCUCCCCAGAAGGCCGUCUCUACCAGGUCGAGUACGCAAUGGAAGCCAUCGGAAAUGCAGGAUCGGCCAUCGGAAUACUCUCAAAAGACGGUGUAGUCUUAGUCGGCGAAAAGAAAGUCACUUCAAAGCUCCUUCAAACCUCAACCUCAACUGAAAAAAUGUACAAAAUCGACGAUCACAUCGCAUGCGCCGUAGCCGGCAUCAUGUCCGACGCCAACAUCCUCAUCAACACGGCUCGUGUCCAAGCACAACGCUACACUUUCUCGUACCAAGAACCCAUGCCCGUCGAACAGCUGGUUCAGUCACUCUGUGACACCAAGCAAGGCUACACUCAGUUCGGUGGUCUGCGCCCUUUUGGCGUCUCGUUUUUAUUUGCUGGAUGGGAUAAGAACUACGGGUUCCAGCUUUAUAUGAGUGACCCGAGUGGAAACUACGGCGGGUGGAAGGCGGCGGCCAUUGGUGCUAACAAUCAAGCGGCUCAGUCGAUGCUAAAACAGGACUAUAAAGAUGAUAUUACCAGAGAAGAGGCGGUCCAGCUGGCGCUUAAGGUUCUUAGCAAGACAAUGGACAGUACUAGUCUUACGUCUGAUAAGCUUGAACUGGCGGAAGUUUUCUUGUCGUCCUCUGGGAAGGUUAAGUAUCAGGUGUGCACACCGGAUGCUCUGAGUAAGAUGUUGGUUAAGUAUGGUGUUACCCAGCCUCCUGCAGAGGCUUGAAUGCUUUGAUCUUGGUUUCAUUUGCUUGUUUUGGAUAAUGAUUUUAAGUUGUAUGGUUGGAUCUUGAAUUUGUUACCUUGUGUCAACUGUCAAAACCGAUGAUAAAUGCUUGGUUUUAUGUUUAAAUUGAUUUAGACAAUUCUAGCUCCA